AUGGAGGAACGCAUGGAAGGACGAUCGACGUACGCGCCGGAGAGCUACACGGCGAUGUGCAUGGACGCGUACGCGAGCGUGAGAGAUUGCCUGAACGAAGGUAAGACUCUGAUCGAAGUCGAGUUCCCGGCGAUUCCCGGCGAAGACGCGGAUUACAAGGCGGCGUCGGACGUGUACAUCGAUGCGAACGUACAGUACGCGCUGGUCGUGGCGCAGAAACUGAACGCGGAGAUGGGGAAGAAUGUCGACGUGUUGGUGCCGGACGGGAUCGAAUACCGACGAGCGAAGAAGAUUUUCGAAAACGCGUUGGGUUUGUCGAGCGCGGGCGUGCGGUUGAACGUACUUGAUGGACGUAAGAGCAGUAUGUUUGGAUCGGCGUUCGGUGAUAUGCUUGGAGGUAAAGGUUUGCGCACGCGUAAGGAGGAAGAAAGGGAUAAUGAUUUCGACUCGGCGGAUGUUUUCAUCGUCGUCAACUUGAGUACGAUUGAACUCGAGAGCUUGGAGAAGUUUGCCGACGAGACGGCGAAUGGCAGACCGCUCAUUGGGUUGAACUUGCAGUUAGACACGCUCCGGGCCGAUCUUGGGUUGUUUUCGUUCCCGGAAAAGGCGCUUCACUACCGAUUUCUGUCCCGGUUCACGCCGGCGUUUUACUUGCGCACGCGCAACUAUUCGCGCACCAUUAAUGUGUCGCCGUUCGUCAUCAACUAUUCCGGUGCGAUUUUCCGCGAAUACCCGGCGCCGUGGCAAGUGAUGAUCAAGCAAAACAAUGGUGUGUUGGCGUGCGUGGCGGAGAACGAGGACAGAUUUACGCUCGCGGAGGCAAAGGAGGAAAUGCUCAUCGCGCUUGGCAUCAACGAUCCCGACGACAGCCCGAUGAAGAAGCUUCGCAGCGGUUAUAAGACGUCGACGUGGUGGGAAGAAGAGUGCGACGACGAAGAUUCUGACGCUUGGCGCACGUAAUCGAAUCAAUUGUAAUCUCCCCUAUAUUACACCUUCAAUCUCGCUUGCCCGCCCGCAUGGGCGUCAAAUCACCCGACGACGCGCUCGUUUGGAGCAGCCUCGUCGUUCCAGCGUCGUCUCCACCGCCACCACCGAUCGCUGGAUUAGUGGUGUUUCGAAAUCCAAGCGACGAUACCUGCCCCAUUUCCGCCAUUCCGGACGCGGAGGACGUCCGAGGUAUCCUCGGAUCGGACGCCCCCGGUCCUCGUAUCGUCGGCGGAGCCGUCUUGAACAACGCGUUGAACCCCGCCGUGCACACGCCCGCGAAAACGACGAACCCGAACAAUCCCAUAACUAACAACAACGCCACCCCCAACACGUGCCCCGGCGUCAGCGCGCUCGAGUUUUCUCCGCCCCCCGUCGUCACGUCGUACUUCGCCUCCGUCACCUCGCCGACGCCGCCGUCCUUCGUCGCCGCCGCCUUCACCGUCCACGUCCCGAUCGGCAGCGUCACCUUCCCCUCGUACGUCUUCGUGUCCUCUUCCCCGAUCGCCGGCGUCGCGCCGUUCAGCGUGUACACGAUCGUCGUCGCCGCGCCGUCCGUCGUUCGCAUCGCGACGCGCAGCGUUCGCGUCGCGCGCGUCCCGCUCGGCGGAUCGAACGCGACGCUCGCGCGCGCGCCCGCGGCGAGCGCGAGCGCGACGACGCACGCGACGCCCGCGCGCGCCGUCGUCGACGCGCGUCGACGCGCGCGUCGCGCGUCCAUCGCUCGCGGUCGCGCGUCGCG